AUGCAGCACGUACCUGUACGCUACCCAACACAGCCUGUCUGCCUAUGUCUACCUUUCCCACAAGACUACAAACGAAAACAACUUUUCAUCAUUAGACGAAUUUGCAAAGUUCCUCGAGUCUACCAGUCGUUGAAAACAUAUGGCUUGGUGCCCUUGAUCACGAUAAAAGCAAUGGCGAGUGAUGGUGUACGUGCCGUCCGCCUGAAAAAGAUCUUCAAUUCUUUUCUACACGGAAAUCGAUCGGUCUCAACUCCUCACGAAGCGGAAGUAUUCUUCGAGGCUGCCAGAGUCCAAACAUCUCCAUCAGUGUGUCUGGAGGCCAUCCUUGCGAGCCCAUUUGGCCUUGCCGUCGUCAAAUCCAGCGUGCGAGCCAGCGCCAGUCUCCAGUUCAUCUCUGACCAUGUCCUGCCGUUCUUGCAAUACAUUUGCCAGACCGAGGCCAAGGCUCUAUGUGAGGGGACACUCCUAUACCAGCUUAUGGUUGCUGUCCUGCAGCCGCCAACUGCAUGGAAUGCCAUCCAGAAGCACUACGUCGCUGGUAGCUUUGCCGACGAGGACGCAGAAGCUUUUGCAGGGCUAUGUUUUGAGAUUGUCACCUUCUCUGGACCAGAGCUUGUUGGGCUGACCAGAGAUAUUAAAAACGCCACCAACACACGUCCGUUUACGAAAAGUCCCGGUUCCAGGACACGCGAACUUGGCUACCGCAUCCAAAAGGUUCUUCAGACAAGAUCCUCGUCUAACAACUUAGACGAUGUCGAUGGCCCUGGAGGGAGACACGACAACGAUUUUACAGAUUUCCGACAAAUUUCCAUCUACCCAAGCAGCGAUGAGCUCACUUCGACAAUCCCACCAUUCUAUCGACAGGCUGUCGAAGUAUCACAGUCUGGCCCAGCCCAGAGGACUGCCACGCACCUUGACAACCAGUUCCGUCUUCUCCGCGAGGACAUGUUGGCAGAGCUUCGUGACGAUAUUGUAAUCGCCACAGGAAAACGAAAGGGCAAGAGGCGAAGCCAAAUCCUGAAAAAUCUCGUGCCGGUUGGCAUCGACACCGGUGACGAGGGGCGAGCCCGGCAGUGCGCCCUUCAAGUCAGCGUCGGUUCCGGGCUCGAGAGGCUUACCAAGCUGCCGGCUGCCCAGCGAAAGAAGUUUUUAACUGAGAACCGAAGCUUCUUGCCCCAUCAGGCGUUUGGAGCCGUCUCCUCGAACUGCACUAUUAUUGGUUUUGCCUUUACGGUCCGCAACAUUGACGAUCUCGUCAGAGAUCCUUCACUGCUCAGUCUAUCAUUCUGUUCCUCUGAAACCAUGGAGAAGGCCUUGCGCAACGCUGUGCAGUCGAAUAACUUGGAGUUUAUCCUAAUAGACACUCCUGUAUUCGCAUAUGAACCUGUCCUCCGACGCCUUCAAGAAAUCACGGAGCUGCCACUCGACAAGUAUCUGCUGCAGAUGGAGGAUGGCGAUGCGGAGCAGAGGUUUGAGAUACCCGCAAAACUGCAAGCCGAGAUAUGGAGAAUUAGAGAACACAACCCAGAUGGGGCCCAUUUGGAGAUUGCAGGUCGAAGCUACCACAUAGACGCGGCGCAGGCUGGCGCUCUAGUAACGGCGCUACAAAACCCGCUUGCUGUAAUCCAAGGACCACCUGGCACGGGAAAGUCUUUUGUCGGCGCGCUCGCAGCUAAGCUGCUUCUUGAAGGUUCGCCUGGGCGGAUCCUCGUUCUCUCCUACACGAACCAUGCGCUCGACCAAUUCCUGGAAGAUCUCUUGAAUAUAGGAAUUGACGAGAAAAUUAUAACACGACUUGGAUCAAAAUCUUCAGACGCUACAGCCAAGCUGUCUUUUGACUUGCAGUCGCGCGAGCGCCCAUCUGGAAUCUCUGAGCACAAAACGUUGUUUUACACGCUUAAAGACGAGCUCAGGAGCCUUCGAGAGGAUAUAGAAUACGCAUUUGACAGGAUCGCCAAGAGACCCUCCCUAGAAGAGAUCAUUGAUUAUCUUGAGCUCGCUGACGACCAAGAGUCGCAGCUCUUCUGGCGCGCAUUCCAGAUACCGCAUGAAGAGGAUGGGUUUACAAUCACUGACCGAAAUGGUGCGGCGAUGCAGACUGGUUAUCUCCUCGACCGAUGGCACAGUAACAAAGGGCCGGGUAUUCUCUCACGAGAGGUUGAUGCAGACCUCUGGAAAAUUUGGAAGUACAACAGGGAACAGAGACUUGUCUGGAGUCGCAAGUGGACCGAGGCCAUUCGUGAAGAGCACAUUGAAGCUCUACACGGCUACAUCGAACGGUUCAACAACACACAGACCCAGAUUGAAUCCCUGUUCAAUGAGUCACGAUGCUCCUUCAUCAAGACCAAAAGAAUCAUUGGGUGCACGACCACUGCCGCAGCCAAGUACUCAUCCUUGAUCAAGGCGGCCAAGCCCGAAUACAUUUUGGUCGAGGAAGCUGGUGAAAUUUUGGAAGCUCAUGUUCUCACAGCUCUAAGCACCUCGACCAAAGGCCUGAUUCUGAUUGGAGAUCACGAACAGCUACGGCCUAAGUGCAAGAACUACGCCUUGAGUGUUGAGAAAGGCGCCGGAUACGAUCUCAACAGGUCACUCUUUGAGAGACUCAUCUUGGCAGGGCAAGAGCACAGCACACUCCACAAGCAGCAUCGAAUGCAUCCCGAAAUUUCACAGCUCGUGCGCUUCAUGACAUACCCGGACCUGAAAGACGGAGAAAAGACGCUCAAUAGACCGCAGAUACGAGGCCUCCGUGACAGAGUCACAUUUGUCAAUCACCACCAGCCUGAAAGCAGCGCCAACGACCUGGGCGACCGCCUGGACGCGAACCAAACUUCGAGCAAAGAGAAUAAGUUCGAGGCUCAGAUGAUCCUGAAGACGGUGAAAUUCUUGGCACAGCAAGGCUACAAGACGAAGAACAUUGUUAUCCUAACGCCGUACUUGGGCCAGCUGCGGCUUCUUCGGGACAUGCUGAGUCGCGACAAUGACCCGUUGCUGAGCGACCUUGACUCGCAUGAGCUCAUCCGUGCAGGUCUGGUCACAACGGCUGCGGCGAAACUCGGAAAGAACGAGAUACGCCUAUCAACAAUUGAUAACUAUCAAGGUGAGGAGAGCGAUAUUGUUGUUGCUUCACUUACCCGCAGCAACAGCAACGGAGAUAUUGGCUUUAUGAAAUCCCCUCAGCGCCUAAAUGUGCUGUUGUCCAGAGCUCGAAAUGGCAUCAUUAUGUUCGGGAACAUGGACACAUUCCUUGCCUCGCGUCACGCUGCCGACUGCUGGCAGCCUUUCUUUCACUGUAUGAAGGAGAAAUGCUAUCUACAAGAUGGCCUUCCGGUGUAUUGUGAGCGGCACCCGGAUCGCACCGCAACGCUUUCAACCACUCAGGACUUUGAUCUCAAGUGUCCAGACGGCGGCUGUGCCGAGCCUUGCGGCGCUAUGAUGAAAUGUGGCGUGCACAAGUGUCAUCGCAGGUGCCAUCGUGUGACGGACCACGGCAGCCUUGAAUGUGGCGAGCUCGUGGAAAAGACGUGCCAGAAGCAGCACGCGUACAAAGUCCGGUGCGGGCAGGCUCCUACGCGAUGCCCGGAAUGCGUGCGAGAGGAAGAGGACAUCAAGCGUCGCGCAAAGCGAGACCUAGAAAUUGAGAAAAAGAGACUGAAGAGGCAAGAAGAUUACAAGCAUGAGCUUCUCGCCAUUCAGGAUAAAAUGGCGCAUCUGAAGCUACAGCAGGAAUGUCAGCGGGAAGCAGAGAAUCAAGAGCUAAGCCUACAGCGUGAGCGGGAGGCUCUGGCUGAGCUACAGGAGACGAAAAAGCGUCAGGAGUCUAUCAAAAAGGCUCAGGAGAAAGGGAAACACAGUUCUGUGGGCAAUAUAGGACGGAGUCCCUCCGAGAGCACUCCGGGACUCGACCGGACACUCAGCUUGGAGCCUGGCUCUGCAAGAUACGAGUGGGAAUGCCUGAAGCGAGAUGAAGGUGCCUCUAACAAGACAUUGGACACUUUGAUGGAGAUGAUUGGUUUGGAGGCGGUGAAGAAGGAAUUCCUUAACAUCAAGACAACAGUCGAUACAGCCACUCGGCAGGGCGUGUCGACUAAGGAUGAGCGUUUCGGAUGUAGUUUUCUGGGAAAUCCUGGCACUGGAAAAACUACGGUCGCAAGGCUCUAUGCCAAGUUUCUCACCACCACCGGCGUCAUCGCCGGCAGCCGCUUCGAGGAGGUCACCGGCGCCAAGCUCGCCAAUAUGGGCGUCACAGGCUGCCAGAAGCUCCUCGACGACAUGCUCAAUGCUGGCGGCGGCGUCGUCUUUAUCGACGAGGCAUACCAGCUGUCGUCGGGCAACAGCCAGAGCGGUUCCGCGGUGCUCGACUUUCUGCUCGCCGAGAUCGAGAACCAGAGGUCCAAGAUUUGCUUUAUCCUCGCCGGCUACGCCAGACAGAUGGAGUCGUUCUUUGCCCACAACCCUGGCAUCCCGUCCCGCUUCCCGCUCGAGGUCAAGUUCGAGGACUACACCGAUCAAGAGCUCCUGAAGAUCAUGGGGUCCAAGAUUGAUGCAAAGUACAGUGGCCGUAUGAAGGCAGAAGAGGGGCUACAGGGUCUCUACUGCCGGAUCGCCACUUGCAGAGUCGGUCGCGCGCGAGGCAAAGAAGGUUUUGGCAACGCACGCGCAGUAGAGAACCUGCUGAGCGUCAUCUAUAGACGGCAGAGCGACAGGCUGCGGGUAGAGAGGCGCGAAGGAUCUCGACCUGACGACUUGCUGCUCACAAAGGAAGACUUUCUGGGGCCUGAACCGACCAAUGCCCUUCUCAAGUCCAAGGCGUGGGUCAAGCUUCAGGAGCUGAUCGGACUGGACUCCGUCAAGGAGUCGAUCAAGUCGCUCGUCGACAGCGUCACGGUGAACUACCAACGGGAGCUCGACGAGAAGCCCAUCAUCGAGUAUAGCCUAAAUCGCGUCUUCUUGGGCAAUCCCGGGACGGGAAAGACAACCAUUGCCAAGCUCUACGGCGAGGUACUCGCGGACUUGGGCCUCUUGUCCAACGGCGAAGUUGUUGUCAAGAAUCCCUCCGACUUUGUCGGCGCCGUGAUCGGACAGUCUGAGAAGCAGACAAACGGCAUCCUCGCUGCAACGGUGGGAAAGAUCCUGGUCAUUGACGAAGCAUACGGGCUUUAUGGUGGCGGCGCUGCGUCAAAAGGCGGCGGCGGCUUCUCGGACCCUUACAAGGUGGCCGUGGUGGACACCAUCGUCGCCAACGUUCACAGCACCCCAGGUGAUAAUCGCUGCGUUCUCCUCCUGGGAUACCGGGACCAGAUGGAGGAAAUGUUCCAAAAUGUCAAUCCUGGACUCAGCCGACGGUUUCCGCUCAGCAACGCGUUUACGUUUGAAGACUUCGCCCAGGCCGAUAUAAGCAGGAUCCUGGACCUGAAGCUCAAGCAGCAAGGCUUUGGGGUGACUCAAACUGCUAAAAAGGUCGCGCUGGAUAUGAUCGAGCGCGCACGCAGUCGUCCCAAUUUUGGCAACGCUGGUGAGGUAGAUAUUCUCCUCAACGGUGCCAAGGCUCGUCACCAGACGCGACUGAUGGCUCGUGAGACCCUACGAGUGUCCACCCUGGAAGCCCUCGACUUUGACGAGGAUCACGGUCGAGCGGAGAAUGCCGAGGCCAAUGUAGCGCAGCUCUUCUGCGACACAAUUGGCUGUGAGCGCAUCGUGGCCAUGCUACAGGGCUAUCAGCAGACGGCGCGCGCGACGAAGAACCUUGGCUUGGAUCCCAAAGAACACGUGCCGUUCAACUUCAUCUUCCGCGGCCCACCAGGCACCGGCAAGACCACGACGGCGCGGAAGAUGGGCAAAGUAUUUUACGACGCAGGGUUUCUCGCUAGUGGCAAAGUGCACGACUGCUCGGCGUCGGACCUCGUCGGGCAGUACGUCGGGCAGACGGGGCCCAAGGUGCGGCAGCUGCUCGACAAGGCCCUUGGUGCGGUGCUGCUCGUCGACGAGGCCUACAGGCUGCGCGAGGGCCAGUUUGCCAAGGAGGCUCUUGACGAGCUUGUGGACUGCAUCACAAAGGAGCGAUAUCGCAAGCGUCUCAUCGUUAUUCUUGCCGGGUACGAAAACGACGUGAACGCCCUCUUAGCCGUGAACCCGGGACUCACGAGCCGCUUCUCCGAGGUCCUCGACUUCAACAGCCUGCCACCAGCGGACUGUUUCGAGCUGCUGUGCAAGAACUUUCUGAAGCAGAAGGCUUCCAUCGUGAAGGGUGGUAAGGGCAAUAUGGGGCUCGACUGCCUGGAGACACCGGCUGCUGAGUUCCAAACUGAGGUUUGCCGACUGUUUGAGCGUCUGUCUAAGCUUCCGGGCUGGGGAAACGCACGAGACGUUGAGGAGCUGGCAAGAUCCAUCUUUCAGACCGCGAUGAAGGCGGGUACUUCUGAGGCGGACGGUACCAUUACGGUGAUCGAAGCCAUGGUCAAGGCGGAGAUGGAAGCCAUGGUCAUAGAGCGGGAGAGUCGGUCACGCCAGACGUUGCAUGCGCCAUCAAAAGCGACAUUUUUGCAACAGAUGUGUCCAAUGAAGAGUGCCAACGUGGCCCCUCAAGUCUCUCUGGGCUCUGCGCAGAGAACCUCGCAGCCGGUCUCCAAAGACAAUGCUCGUGACGACGGGCCGCCGCCCGCGGACGGACCGGAGCCCACUAAGACCGCUGCUUCUUCCACUAGCGGUGUAAAAGCUGCCGUUCGUGACGCGGGAGUGAGCGACGAGGUCUGGGAUCAGCUGCAGCGCGACGCGCAGGCUGAGAGACAGCGCGAAGCGGAGUACAAGAAGAAGCAGAAGCUCAAGGUGGAGACGCGGGAUGACGCGCUCCGGAAGCGCAUCAUCCAGGAGCUCAUCAAAGAAGAAGAAGAGCGGAAGAAGGAAGCCGAAACUAGGAAGAAUCUGCAGAUGCAAGGACGAUGCCCAGUGGGAUAUGAAUGGAUUCGCCAGGCAAGCGGGUGGCGCUGCGCUGGAGGGUCGCACUUUAUGUCCGAUGGGGAGCUUGUCGCGCCCCGAGACGAUUGCGAUCAGCUCCUGGCGCUGUUGCCCGAGACGUACCGUGAGGAGUCUGGUGACUUGCCCGCUGUCGCUCAGCAUGUCACGGCCUGUGUUGAGGAGGAGCUAGACUUGCGGCGGCUCAGCGGCUCAACAGCGUCCACGGCUGCUCUUGGUCGCCGGUCUGCCUUGCCACUGCGUGCGCUGCACCGUCAGCUCUUGCUUGGUCGGGAGAUAUUCGUCAUGGGGCGCAUGAACAAUAAGCUGCCUACCACCACCCCUUCGGACAAGCCUUCUCCCAGCUAUUAUGACGAAGAUGAUGAAGACAUGGAAGCCGACGGCGAGAACCGCCUCGAUGCGUCUACCAAAAUUACGUUGGCGCUCACGAACGGUGUUUCCAAGUCGCGUGGCCUGACGCAUUGCCGCGGCAGCGUCACCGCGAUUGGCAAGACACGAGGUCGCAAGAACCGCAAGGAUUACCCCUCCUCUUGGGGCUUUGACAAGUGUCAAAUGACCCUGAAGAAUCGCAUCAUGGCCAUAUUCGCUUCGAUGGCGGGCGUCGCCUGGCUAAGAAAGAUUUGA